AUGAACAUCAAAUUUAAAGAUGGGGUUUUAACAAUUCCAGAACUAGCAGUUGCAGAGUUGACCGAACCAUUAUUCAGGAACCUCAUCGCCUUUGAGCAGUGCUAUCAUGGUCGUUCUCAGCAAAUAACAUCUUACGCCGUUUUCAUGGACAAACUCAUCAAUUCCGACAAGGAUAUAAAGCUUCUUUCUAAGAAAAAAAUCUUAGCUAACUGGCUGAGCGUCGAAGAUGGUUCUAACUUCUUUAACAAGCUUUACACUGACACCGUUGUCAAAGAGUUCCACUAUGACAAACUCUGCGCUGAAGUGAAUAAAUAUUACCAGGUUGGAUGGCACAAGCAGUUAGAAAUAUUGAGGCGCGACUACGUUGCUAACCCCUGGACAAUCAUUUCUUUGAUUGCAGGAAUUAUCCUUCUGGUUCUUACCUUAUUGCAGACCAUAUUUACCAUUUAUCAAUAG